AUGAAGUGGCGAACGUCGUCGCUUUAUGGUUGCUUCGUCGGCGAUCCGUACUACGAUCGCGAUGUUCCAAUCGUGAUGGCGAUUGACGACGAUGUUUUUUGUAGCUCACAAAUCGAGCGACCGGGCGAGAACGUGCCGAAGAUACAUGGGCAAAUCCCGAGUGGCCCAGAACCGUCAGGGCAGGAUAAUGGGCGAAGGUCUGCAAGCUUGUUAGAGGGAGGAACGGUGUUAAAGGUUAGCAUUUCAGGGAAUGGAUGCGUUUCUGGAGAAUAACA